UAGUCUAUCAAAGCAAAAUGGCGACUGCCGCUGCUGCUUCCAUAGCUUCUUCAGUGUCGUCUGUCUUAAACCAACCCCACCACCACCCUUCUCUAAUCAUCCGGCUUCCUCGGAGAUGCUCCGCCGCCUUCUCUCGCCGACUCCUUGGGUCCCCAAAUCCCCUGAAAACCUCAUCAUCUCUCUCCCGUUCUUCCUACCAUGUCCUCGCCCGCUCGCCAUUAUUAAAAGCGCGGCGAUGUUUAACCUUUUCUUUAGGAUUCGUUCGGAACUCAGCAUCGCACAUUCCGCUUUCCCAAAAGCAAGAAAUCCCGAGUCUCCACCAUUUCAUGCCAAAAGCUACUCCCGUUCCUUCUGUUUCUGAACCCCAAUUCGACUUGAUAGCACCUUCUGAAGUUCUUCCAAGAGGUCGUAUUUAUCAAGAAACAUAUGGAUGUCAGAUGAAUGUCAAUGAUAUGGAGAUAGUAUUAUCUAUCAUGAAGAAAGCUGGGUAUAGUGAAGUGGUGGAUGUUCCUGAGAGUGCAGAGAUAAUAUUUGUCAACACAUGUGCUAUUAGGGACAAUGCAGAGCACAAGGUAUGGCAGAGGCUCAAUUACUUUUGGUUUCUUAAGAGGCAUUGGAAGAGCAAUGUUGCCAUUGGACGGUCACAGUCCCUACAUCCUCCGAAAGUUGUUGUUCUCGGCUGUAUGGCUGAGAGGUUGAAGGAGAAGAUAUUAGAUGCAGAUAAGAUGGUUGAUGUUGUUUGUGGACCUGAUGCUUAUAGAGACCUGCCACGCCUAUUAGAAGAGGUAGACUCUGGUCAAAAAGGGAUUAACACUCUACUUUCACUUGAAGAAACUUAUGCUGAUAUCAAUCCUGUUCGUAUCUCUAAAAAUUCAAUCAGUGCUUUUGUCUCAAUUAUGAGAGGUUGCAAUAAUAUGUGCUCCUUUUGCAUUGUUCCUUUCACCAGAGGCAGAGAGAGAUCUAGGCCAGUGGAAUCCAUUGUUAGAGAGGUGGGAGAGCUUUGGAAAGAAGGUGUUAAAGAGGUGACACUUCUUGGUCAGAAUGUUAACAGUUACAAUGACACAUCCGGGCUUGAAAAAGAAAUUGAACCAGGAGUAAACUGGAAACUUAGUGAAGGUUUUUCCAGCAUGUGUAAGGUUAAAAAGAUGGGUUUACGCUUUGCAGAUCUCUUGGAUAGACUUGCUGUGGAAUUUCCAGAGAUGCGGUUUAGAUUCACUUCACCACACCCUAAAGAUUUUCCUGAUGAGUUGUUGUAUGUAAUGCGAGACAGACACAAUAUCUGCAAAAGCAUCCAUUUGCCUGCACAAUCAGGGAACAGUAACGUGCUGAAAAAGAUGCGACGUGGCUAUACACGAGAAGCAUAUUUAGAACUUGUGAGUAAGAUACGGAGUAUAAUUCCUGAUAUGGGGAUCAGCAGUGAUUUUAUUUGUGGUUUUUGUGGUGAAACAGAGGAGGAGCACCAAGACACACUUACCCUGAUGAAGGCUGUCAGUUAUGAUAUGGCAUACAUGUUUGCAUACAGUAUGAGAGAGAAAACCCAUGCCCACAGGAAUUACGUGGAUGAUGUUCUUGAAGAUGUAAAGCAGAGACGGCUAACAGAGCUUAUUGAAGCUUUCCGGGAGAGUACAGGUCAGUGCUUUGACUCCCAACUUGGCAGUGUCCAACUUGUGUUAGUUGAAGGGCCCAAUAAGAGGGCCCCUGACACAGAGCUUAUAGGCAAGAGCGAUAGAGGCCACAGGGUAUCUUUCAGAAACUUGCCUGUCCCUGAUAGGGUUGAGAUUGAUGGUAAAAGGAAUCCAAGAGUUGGUGAUUUUGUGGAAGUUCAUAUUUCAAAAACCUCAAGAGCGACACUCUUUGGAGAAGCACUUGCGAUUACUAAACUGAGCUCAUUUUAUGACAAUCUACAUGAACCUGCUUUUGCCUGUGCUAGCAGAAUUUGAUCUAUUCUUUUAAGAAGCCCCUGGUACAACUUUUUCCUCACUAAAUUAAUCUACUUGAAGGUAGUUUUGCUGUAAUUACGGGUUUAAGUUUCAUUCAUCCCUUUGAAUUAUUGCUUGGUCUCAAAAUUAAGUGCUUCUUCAGCAGACCUAUAUUACACAGUUUAUAUUUCUGGAGGAAAUUCCAUACCAAGCAACAGUUCUGGGGCUGAAGGGAGUAAAUUGAAUUUUCCCUUGAUUACAUCCUGGAAGCAUAGGUGAUUUCUAUUGGUCUGGUUCCUUGGGAUGGGCUCUGGACCUCCGUUAAAAGGGGAGGAUGUUCUCUUGGUUUUGCGUGAUGCUUGUAGUGAAAGAUAGGCUUUUGUGUAGUUUCUCACCUCUCACUCAAACCAGGCGAAAAUGCCAAGAUCACAGAAUCAAAUGCAGGAGAGCAAAAUACUUGGUAGCACUCUUUCUCAGAGUUAUUAGAGAGUAUCCAAGACACUCAGCAGUGACAGUGAAAUGGAGCUUCUCUGAAGCAUGAAUCUGGGAGGCUAAACAUUCUCCAGUUCAGGUGGAUCAGUGUCAGCAAGAAAAUGGGUUUUGUACGCCAGGUUCAUUUAAUUUUACGUGAGAUUAUAGUUCUUAACUCCCAGAAUCCAUUGUCAUUGAGUUUUGGUGUACGACUAGAUUAGGACAAACAAAAUACACAUAUGAGGAGUUUGGCAUGAAAGCCCCCCCGUGGGGGAUUCUGAUGCAAGUGAAAGGGAUGAAGUAUACGGAAAGCUUUAGCUCGAACCCUGUACACCUUUUCUA